AUGACUGACUUCACCUCCGUCGACGGCUGGCUUCAGCGACCGGACAUAUUCUUGCCCAUCGACAGUACCUUCCAAUGGGACUACGCUGGCGCCCAAAGCCCGAAGAACAUGGUCAACCAUUACAAUGAUCUCCUGCAACGAGCAGCUGAUCUCUACGCCACUCUUGACCAUUCAUUCGACAGCAUAUCUUCAUCAAGUUCCGACGCCUCUUAUACAUCGUCACCGGCGCAACGUGUGUCAUCUGCCAGCACCGUGGUGGCGCAGGUCAAGAGUUCGAUUCCCGACAAGCUUGAGCGGAGACGCGAGCAAAAUCGUUCGUCGCAGCGUGCAUACCGCGAACGCAAGGAGCGUCAUCAGAAAGAACUCGAAGGACAGAUUGCCGAUUGGCAUCAAAAGCACAAACAAUUGUCUCAGUCAUACUCACAGCAAAGCAAGGAAGUCACCCGGCUCAAGAUGCAGAUUGAGCAAUUGAACGACGAAAUCUCCCAGCUCCAGUCCUGCUCGUCCACUCUGUGUGGAUCACUCUGCGAGUCUCCUCAAGAGUUUGACCUUGUGCCGUUCUUCGAGUCCGACGAUUGGAGUCCCGCCACUACGCCACGGCCGUCCCAUGCCUCGCCCUCACGGCGUGUCUCUUCUUAG